AUGGCCUCCAAUGUGGUGGUUAUCGAUUCCACGGCAAGAAGAGCUACAGUCAAGACUACACCAGGAACGAAUCUAAGUGAAGUACUAGAGGAGGCCUGUCGAAAGUUAGGCUACAAGCCGGAGCAGUAUGGGUUGAAGCACAACAACAAGCAAGUCGAUCUAACGAGACCAUACCGACUAUCUGGACUCGCUCCCGGUGCCAAGCUAGAGCUUGUGCAGCUUUCCAAGUCUACCGGUGUUGUUUCAGUCGCGUUACAAUUGCCAGAGUCAGAAGCACAAGGCGUGCCUAAUGCGAGGCUCUCAGACAAGUUCCCCAGCAAUACAACUUUGUGGCUGCUUCUAAGGAAAUUUGAAGCUGGUGUGGCUGGAGGUCCAGCACCCAGCAGGAACUUCACAGCAAGGGGUAAUCCAUCAAGUGGAGCCGGGGCCGGACGUCUAUACUACGAGCAGCCGGUGGUGCAGAUCAUGAACCGAGAGCUAUCCACGUUUACAGAUCUGCAGAAGACGCUGGCACAGCUGGGACUGAACAGUGGCAGCAGCCUUAUGCGUCUCAGCUUUAAACCUACGGAGAGACCCUUGGAGGAUGCUUUAGAGGAGACUCAAGCAUACUUUGACUCACUUGACGCUCCUUACACGACAGAGACCGCCCGCGCACAAACAUCCACGACCUCUCAGACACCUCAAGAAGAGUCUUCGGCGACUAAAGACGUCAAUGAACCACCAUCAGCCGACACAGCUAUGUCCGGAACGGAGCCGCAGCCAGAAGCGGAAACCACACCUAGUGCCUCUAUGACAGAGUCAACCCCUCAACCUAGCCAAACACAACAAUCCGCUGAAGAGAUUCCCUCUCCUACCUCACGACCAGUGUCAAUCUAUAGGCCACCCACAGGCAUCACCCCAUCUGCCGCCUUAACCCAAAAUAACGAAGCAGACUUUACGCCAACAAUUGAACACGCUCAAGCGCACCAGAAAAUGCUCACCGAGGCAGGUCGCAACCGGAGACUUAAAACCGAUGCUGAGCUAGCUGCUCAAGCCAAAGAGGAACAAGAGAGGCUCGCCGCCAUCACAGAGGUGGAAGUGAAAGUCCGCUUCCCAGACCAGUCCGCGCUCGGGACGAAAUUCAGGCGAGAAGAUACUGGCACGACACUGUACACCUUCGUCAGAGAGGAGUGCCUAGAUACGCAAGUCAAAGGUGAGCCGUUUGUGCUAGGUAUACCUGGAGGCGGUGGACGAGGAUCUAUGGAAGUUAUUCCAGACACUGGCAAGCGGCUCAUUCAAGAUCUACAUCUGAAGGGGCGAGUGCUACUGGUCUUUGCUUGGGAUGAGAAAACUGCCAGCGCAACUGCUCGAGGAGCCAAGAGCGUCCUGAAGGCAGAGCUGCGGGCGAGGGCUCAAGACCUCAGAGUGCCCGAGGCACCAGUGUCGAGUGGCCCAGAGGAGAAAGGCACGAGAGUCAACAUCGGUGGAACGGAGAAAGAAGAGAAGAGUGAAGGAAGCGGCAGCGGGAUCGGCAAAAAGAUGCCUAAAUGGUUGAAGGGCUUGAACAAGAAAUGA